CGAGGCGGGAGCGCUUGGGGGCGGCGGAAACGGGUGGGGGCCUGCGUAGUGGCGGGAUAACAAGAUGGCGACGGAGACAGUGGAGCUUCAUAAACUGAAGCUUGCUGAACUAAAGCAAGAAUGUCUUGCACGUGGUUUAGAGACCAAAGGAAUAAAACAAGAUCUCAUCAACAGGCUCCAGGCAUAUCUUGAAGAGCAUGCCGAAGAGGAGGCAAAUGAAGAAGAUGUACUGGGAGAUGAAACAGAGGAAGAAGAACCAAAGCCUGUAGAACUGCCCGUCAAAGAAGAAGAACCUCCUGAAAAAACAGUUGAUGUGGCAUCAGAGAAAAAAGUGGUAAAAAUUACAUCUGAGUUGCCACAGACUGAGAGAAUGCAAAAGAGGGCUGAACGAUUCAAUGUACCUGUGAGCUUGGAAAGCAAGAAAGCUGCUCGGGCAGCCAGGUUUGGUAUUUCCUCAGUUCCAACAAAAGGUCUGUCAUCUGAUACCAAGCCUAUGGUUAACCUGGAUAAGCUAAAGGAAAGAGCACAAAGAUUUGGUUUGAAUGUCUCUUCAAUCUCUAGAAAGUCUGAAGAUGAUGAGAAGCUGAAAAAGAGGAAGGAGCGAUUUGGGAUUGUCACAAGUUCAGCCGGAACUGGAACCACAGAGGAUACAGAGGCAAAGAAAAGGAAAAGAGCAGAGCGCUUUGGGAUUGCGUGAUGAAAAGUUCUUGAUGCUGUCUCUUCUCUGGUGGUUUCCAUUUCUGAUUGUUCUUGAUCACAUAUAUACCUAAGUGCACAGUCAUGUGCCUAUUUCCUGCCUCACAGUGAGAGAGCAUGUACCCCAGGUACACCUGAACUCCAGCAGCAAUUUGACCUACUGCUGUUUCAACUUUAAGGUUGUUGUGGUUUUGUUUUUAAUUAUUUUGCUUGUUAAUAAAAAAAAAUAGAAAAGACAA